AUGGCGGCGCGGCGCGAGGAGCCGCUGCCCGCCUGCUUCGCGGGGCUGGGCGCCGGCAGCCCGCGGCCGCGGCAGAAGCGCGGCGGGAUGUUCUGCAGCGUCGUCGACGCCUUCGACAGCAAAACCUUAGACCUGGCCUCGCUGCGCGGCGGCCCCGACGGCCACGGCGACGGCGACGGCCGCAGCGCCCCGGCUCCGGCCCCGGCCCCAGACCCGGUCCCGGCUCCGACCCCGGCUGAAGCCCCCGACGUGGCUGCGCCGCUCCCCCGCUCUCCGGGGGCCGCCGACGUGCCCGGGGGCUGCGAGCAGAGUGACCAGCUUCUAAUCAAAGGAGGAAAAAUUGUCAACGAUGAUCAGUCGUUUUAUGCAGACGUCCUCGUGGAAGACGGUUUGAUAAAGCAGAUCGGGGAGAAGCUGCCGGCGCCCGCCGGGGCGCGGAGCCUGGACGCCCGCGGGCGGCUGGUGCUGCCCGGCGGCUUGGACGCGCACACGCGGCUGUGGGCGCUGGGCACGGCCCCCGCCGACGGCUUCCAGCAGGGCACGCGGGCGGCGCUGGCCGGCGGCACCACCACCAUCGUCGACCACGUGCUGCCGGAGGCCGGAGCGACGCUGCUGGCCGCCUACGAGCGCUGGCGAGAGGUUGCCGACGGCCAGGCCUGCUGCGACUACUCGCUGCACCUCGACGUGCCCCGCUGGCACGAGGGCCUCCGCGAGGAGCUGGAAGCCCUGGCGAGGGACAAGGGGGUGAACUCCUUCCUGGUCUUCAUGGCUUACAAGGACAAGCUGCAGUGCACCGAUGCCCAGAUGUACGAGAUAUUCAGCGUUAUCCGAGACCUGGGAGCCGUUGCCCAAGUGCACGCGGAGAAUGGAGACAUCAUCGAGGAGGAGCAAAAGCGGCUGCUGGAGCUCGGGAUUACGGGGCCGGAAGGGCACGUCCUCAGCCGCCCGGAGGAGGUCGAGGCGGAGGCAGUGUACCGCGCCAUUACGAUAGCCAGACAAGCCAACUGCCCCUUGUACGUCACCAAAAUAAUGAGCAAAGGUGCCGCGGACGUGUUAGCCCAGGCAAAGAGGAGAGGUGCCGUGGUGUAUGGGGAACCAAUUACCGCCAGCCUGGGCACUGACGGGUCCCACUACUGGAGCAAGAACUGGGCCAAGGCUGCGGCCUUCGUCACCUCGCCGCCCAUCAGCCCCGACCCCACGACACCCGACUAUCUCGCGUCCCUUUUGGCCUGCGGGGACCUGCAGGUCGCGAGCAGCGCUCACUGCACGUUCACCACCGCGCAGAAGGCGGUGGGAAAGGACAACUUCACCCUGAUUCCGGAGGGAACCAACGGCAUCGAGGAGCGAAUGUCCAUAAUUUGGGAGAAGUGCGUGGUCUCGGGGAAGAUGGACGAGAACGAUUUUGUAGCAGUGACCAGCACAAACGCAGCCAAAAUCUUCAACUGCUACCCCAGGAAGGGGCGCGUUGCCGUCGGGUCUGAUGCCGACCUGGUUUUGUGGAAUCCCAAGGCUACAAAGAUUAUCUCGGCAAAAUCCCACAAUUCGGACCUGGAGUACAACAUCUUUGAAGGACUCGAAUGCCGCGGGGCUCCCAGCGUGGUCAUCAGCCGCGGGAGGGUCGUGCUGGAGGACGGGAGCCUCUUCGUCACCCCAGGCUCCGGCCGCUUCAUUCCUAGAAAGCCGUUCCCGGAUUUUGUUUAUAAACGAAUAAAGGCAAGAAACCGGCUGGCCGAGGUCCAUGGCGUGCCCCGCGGGCUCUACGACGGGCCGGUGCACGACGCCGCCGUCGCGGCGAGGGCCGCGGCGCCCGCUGCCCGGGUGCCUCCCAGCGCCGGCAAAGCCGCGGCAGCCCCCGUCCGCAACCUGCACCGCUCGGGGUUCAGCCUCUCGGGCUCGCAGGCCGACGACCACGUGGCCAGGCGCACGGCGCAGAAGAUCAUCGCACCGCCGGGCGGCCGCUCCAACAUCACCUCCCUGUCGUAG